CCCGUGCAACACUCGUGCUUCCGCCACAACAGCGGGUCAGCUGAUUGAAACGGGCACGCGGAAGCUGUGGAGUCGCUCGCAUAGCAGCAGCAGGGCUACAUCCUCAAACUCUUAACUUUUUCUUUUUUUAUUAUUAUUACUUUUUGUACUGUUUCUAACGCGAGCUGGGCCGUGGGACUCUUCUCAAACUGCGUGUCUGAGAGGUGUCGUCGCGUGGAGGAAGUCAUGGCACGUAACGAGUCGCUGGUCGCUCUGAAUGGGACUCAAAUUUCCUACAUCGGACAUGACGGCACGGACAUCCCAGAGUUCCUCGGAGACACAUAUGGCCAUUUUGCAAGAAGGCUGGAUCUCAGCUUUAAUCUGCUCAGGUCACUGGCGGGUCUCGAAAUGUUCACCGCGCUGGAGGAGCUGAUCGUCGACAACAAUCUGCUGGGAAAUGACCUCCUGUUGCCCAGGUUACCCAACCUCCACACCCUCACGCUCAAUAAGAACAAACUGACUGAUAUCGAGGACCUGCUGGAACACUUGGCUGAUGUGACCCCGUCACUGGUGUACCUAAGCCUGCUGGGAAAUGAGGCCUGCCCCAACCAGCUGGUCAGCCCGGAUAAGGAUGAGGACGACUACCAGAGAUACAGGUACUUUGUCCUGCACAAGUUGCCCCAGCUGAAGUUUCUGGACACCAGGAAGGUAACUCAGAAAGAAAUGAUGGAGGCGCAGGCAAGAGGAGCAUUCAUGAAAGUGGUCAAACCAAAGUCGGAAGCACCACCUAAGGAGACUAGAUCUGAAAGUCAACCACUGCCCUACACUCCUCUGCCCCGAGGAUCCAGAGAUGCCAAGAACCACAAAGGGGUCUUUGCCAAGUGUCGCUACAUCUACUAUGGAAAGCACUCAGAAGGCAACAGAUUCAUCCGCAACGACCAACUCUGAUGGACGGCUGGUCA